AUGGCUUCCAAAGAAGAUGGACAUACUUCCAAAGAAAAGAGAUCUCAUAAGGCGUCCAAAUCUCAAGCAACUGGACCUUCCACUGUGACAGACUCAUCAUCACCUAAAAUCGCAAUGGUCGCAUCCAACUAUAUUGCACUUCUUAAAACUCAGGAACAACCUCAAGAAUUCGGUGUUAUAGUUGAAUAUUUGCAUAAAUGCCUAUUGGCAUAUGCACUCAUUUCUACUUCUCCAACUCCACAAUCUCUUAUUUCAAACGUCCUUUCAUCUGUAUCCAUCUCUCCAAGAGCAAAGUCAAAAUAG